AUGGCCUCCAAGUUCUAUCACGAUGAUACCCCAGCAGAAAUCAAGAAUGCCAAAGGGCUUCAUUUGAUUACAAUGUCAACACCCAACGGCAAAAAGGUUCAGAUAUUUCUUGAGGAAUUGAAGGAGAAAUAUGGAACAGAAUACACGAAAACACUCAUUAAUAUCAGCACAAAUGAGCAGAAGAAGGAUUGGUUCCUCAAGCUGAACCCAAAUGUCAAUUCAGGAAGGAUACCAGUCAUUGUCGACAACACAAAGAGCCCACCUUUCGCGGUCAUGGAGACUUCUGCCGAACUGCUCUAUCUCCUCAAGGAAUUCGACCAUAAUGAUGCUUUCGGUUUCAAAGACGAGUUUGAACGAAAUGAAUGUCUUCAGUGGCUGUUCUUCUGGCAUGGCAGUGGACAACCAAUCCAGGGUCAGUUGAAUUGGUUUUCAAAGAAUGCAAAGGACGAUCAUCUGGCGCUUAAUCGUUUCAAGAAUGAAACCCUGAGAGUUUACGAAGUCCUUGAGAUCCAACUUUCAGGCAGAUAUACGGGCCAGACUCGUGAAUAUCUUGCUGGUAAAGGACAGGGCAGGUACUCAGUUGCUGAUAUUGGGGCUUGGCCUUGGAUUAAUGCCUGGGGCGGGUCUGGUCAUAUUACUCAAGAGGAUAUCGAUAAGUUCCCGCAUUUGAAGGGAUGGCUUGAGCGGAUUGGACAGCGACCUGCUGUUCAGAGGGGCAUUGAUCCGAAGACUUGGCAGGUUUGA